CUAUAAAUUUCAAAACUAUAAAAAUUGGGGGCAUUCGAACACAGAUCACGCAGUGACACCAUUGCAGGACCAGAUGGCAGAAUCAAAAAAGGAGGCUCCUUCAUCUGCUGAUCCAAAACAGAAAACUCCAUUGCUAGAUGAGGGAAUAGGAAAGGAAUUUCUCAGCUCCUGGAAAUCAAUGUCUGUGGCAGGAGAUGACACUAUGGACUUCAACUUUGAGACAGGGGCCAAAGGCAAGACGACAGCAUUUAACUUCAGUAAAAUGGAUAUGGACUUCAAUCUUGAUGGUGAUUUUGGCAAGAUAUCAUCCUUCAAAGUAGAUAUGUCAGACCUUGAUUUCUCACCCAAAAAGACUGGGAAAUCCAAGGAACGAUCUGGAGAAGAUUCUGUCAACAGAAAUCAUCAAGGAAAGCAAGACAAUUUUGCAUUCUCUUUUGAUUUUAAUGACUUGGAUACUUUCAAUUUUGAACCAGGCUUAACAAAAGCAGAAAAAAAAUCUAGCAAAGGAGUUUCUGCAGAUAAAAGUGUGUGUCAAGACAGCAGAAGCCCCCUGGCUGAAGAUAUUAGUGCAUUUGUCGAUGGCAUAGCCAUGAAACUUCCUGCAUGUGAGAUGGCUACAACUUUAAAGGCAGACACUUUGGUAGGUGGCCUUGGGAAUCUUGAUUCCAUAAAUGAUAAUGGCUCUUCAGAAACUGCAAAUUUUGAAAAUCAAUCUUUGUCAAACGAGGCAAGAACUUCUAUGGAGAAAAAAGUAAUGAUCACUGCAGAAGAAAGUGACAAACAAAGUCAACCAUCAGCGAAGGCAAUUUCUGCAGAUCCAUAUGAUCAUCGGAGAAUCCAGGACACACCUGUUGAGUCUGUAUCCAAGAAUGAAACUCAUGUUACUGUUUCAGAAUUGCAGACAAAAUUUUUUUCCCUGGACCCAAAAGUAAAUAACAUAUCAGGUGGAGAGCAAAAUGUUAAUACCAAAAUGAUAGCUGAAUCAAGAUCUAAUCAUGAAUGCUCACAGUUUGACAAUUCACCUCCACUGCAUAUCACCACAUCACAGAGCAAUGACACUGAAAGGAACAAAAUGGGCUGUGGUGAUCACGUUCCAGCAGAAAAUAUAGAUGGCACCCAACCAGAAAAAUGUGAUUUAGAUCUUGAAGAUAUUCUCUUGAGGAAGGCUUUGCAUGAUACCAAGGCCAAUAGUGAAAACAAGAAUUCAACCUUAGAGCUUACCUUGACUCCAUUGAGCAGUGGACACAUGAUGGACAAAUUAAUACCCUUGAAAGAGAAGGCAACCGGAGCCAUUCGGUCAAAGUAUUUCAGGAGAACAGAAGAAACAUCUCAGUUGCAUCAGGCAUCGUCAACUCAGACAAAAGUUCUCUCACUUGGAAGCAAAAGGAUUGAUGGUGAACAUUUGAUUCCUGCAGAUGAAGAAAGGGAGGAUGCAACAAUUGGGGGCAAAUUGGUUGGUCGUUCAAGUUCACAAAUCACAGAAUUAGCAAAAGGUGAACCUGUUUUUCUGGGAAGUGAAAAGAAUGUCCAAGAUGUUAAUCCUAUCAAGGAUGACCUUGAUGCUGUUAGAACCCAAAGCAGGAUCAGCAAACUAGUAAGUACUUCAAGGCCAUGCGUUCAGGAAGUAGCAAAAGGUGAAACUGUUUUGCUGGGAAGUGAAAGGAGUGUUAAAGAUCUUAAUACUUUCAGCCUUCAGGUUGAUCCUUCCAGCUCAAUUAAGCAGAUAGCUAAAUCUAGUACCCAUAAAUGUGUGAAUCCAAAACCUGUGGUUCUAAGCAUGGGACCCAUUAAAAACUUGAAGACAAUUUCUGUUGAAGGAAACAAGCUUUCAGGAGUUAAAGACCUUAACAGAACACCCAAACCAUCAAGUUUGAAGAUUUCAAGGGCUACAGGAGCGAGCAAUAUUCUGUCAAAUUCUACAUUUGGGAAGGAAAUCAAAUCAUUGAGAAAAUCAGAACAAAACAUGAAAUUACAAGGAAAGACUGCAUCCAAGAUGGUGCCUUCUGUUGACACUCUGAAGAAAACACCACCAACCUCAUCCUCAUCUUUGAAGCGGAAAACUUUAGAGGAAUCAAAUGCAAAUGUCACUACCUUAAAUCCACUUAAACGCCUAUCUGAAUCACCUAGUGAAAGCAGAAAUUUCAAGGAAGCUUCAGAAGUAGUUUUUAAAGAACAGGUUUGCAAUCAAGAGAAACUUGUAGAUAUGAAUACCAAGAAUGUUCUGACCUCUGUGCUUGAUACUCCUCGGGAGGUGAACAUGUCUGAACUAGAAAUACCUUUGGCAAUGGAAAAUGAUCUAAAUGUUGAAAAGGCUGAAGCAUAUACAAAGGAUCUUGAAGAUAUUUGCAACAUGCUGAAAAAGAAACAUGAGGAGGCCAAGGAAAUAUUGGUUCGUGCAAUUGUGAACAACAAUAACCUGCUGAUGGUUAACCAUCCCAUCUAUGAAGAGAAGAUUCGUACAAUUCAGAAAUUUGCUGCCCGAAUCAUGUCUAAGGAGCUUCAAGUGUGAUCUGCUCAAGAACAGUUGUCAAACAAUGGGACUUGCUAUGUGUUCUUCAUGGUACCACAGUGGAUUCACAUAGCUUGAGCUAUUGGCACCACAUGUAACUGUAAUAGCAGAAUUACUAAAAGAAACCUAGUGAAAAGGUUAAUAAAGGAUGACCUGCAAGCCAAAUCUGAGCCUGCAUCUGGUCUAGAACCCAAUAUACCACAAAGGAGCCAUAUAAAAUGCUAUGCAGUGAUAUAUGAAAGUAAGUUUUCUAAUAAGAUGACAAUUUCUGAUUC